UGAGGGAGGUCAAGGUAUUUGCCCAGGGUCACACAGCUAGUAAGUGUCUGAGGCUGGAUUUGAACUUCCUGAGUCUCUAUGCUAAUCUAGACACCACCUUUUUAAGGAAGGACACUGGCAAGCUAGAGCAUGUCUUCAGGAGGACAUUCAGAAGAUGGAAAACCUGGAGACCAUGUCCCAGGAGGACUUUGUUGAUGGAUCUGGGGAUGUUUAGUCUGAAGAGAAGGCUCAGGAUGGGGGGUGAGGGGCACAUAAGAAUCGUCAAAGACUCAAUUGGAAGAGGAAUUAGACUUGCCGCUUGGCUUCAGAGGCAGAACUAGGAGAAAAUGGGUGGGAAUUUGCUCAGGAAAUUUUGGGUUCCAUGUAUAAAAAAAUUUCCAACAAUGAAAACUGUCCCUAAGUGGAAUGGGCCAGCUCAGUCAGUACUGAUUUCCCCAUUACUGAUGAUUUUCAGCGGAGGCAGGACAAGUCCAUGUCAGAGCACUGCAGAAAGCAAUCUGGGUCAGGCUCCCAAAGUAUAAGAGCACGGAAGCCUUCUCCUCUAACUCUCUAUACUCUCUCUAGGUCCCCCUGGAAGACCUCUACGUGGGGACUGCUUGUAAAUCUUAUACACAAAACUUUCAUAAACAUUUGUUUUGGGUGGGUGGGGGCCACUAUAGAGCACAGCAUGAAUGGGUCAGUCAGCUAGCAUUUAUUAAGCACCUACUACAAGCCAGGCACUCUGCUAAGCGCUGGGAAUACAAAGAGAGACAAAAGACAGUCCCUGCUCUCAAGAAGCUCCACUCUCACGGGGGAAACAAGCUAACAACUACAUCCAAACAAGCUGUAGAUGGGAUAAACUGGGGAUGAUCUCAGCGGGAAGGUACUAAGAUUAAGGAAUACUGGGAAAGACUUGUUAUUUUGGUAGAAGAUGUGAUUUUAGCUGAGACUUGAAGGAAUGCAGGAGGAGAGAAUGGGGGAAGGGAUUCCAGGCUUGAAGUGAGAAAUUCGGGGGUCGGGAGAUGGAGGGUCGUGUGCAAGGAGCAGCCCGGAGAACGUCACAGGGACAGUCGAGGACGUGGAGCAGAGUAAGCACAAGACAGGAAAGGGCCAGGCUGUGAAGAGCUUUAAAAGCCAGAGGGGCGGCCGUGCAUUUGACACCUCCCUGGAGGUAACAGGGAGCCACUGGGGUUUUGGGGGGAGAGAGAUUCUUGUCAAUCCCGGGGUUCGUGGUCCCUAGAGGCCUUAGGGAAAGGACCUAGAGGGUUCACGGGCUGGGCCGCUCACAGCCGCAGCUGGAGAAGGUGGAGUAGGAGCGGAAGGGACGGGAUCGCUCCAGCGGCCCGCGCCCUUUAAGAUCUGGGGAGGGGCGAGACCCGCUCUUCUCCGCCCCGUCCCAAGGCUGAACAGGAAGCACUUCCCGCCUCGCUGCUCCCGGGGUCCUGCAGCACGGCCCCCCCCCCAACAGACUCCAGCCCCGUCCGCUCGCGCCUGCGCCCUACGCGCCUCUGGCCUCCGAGCUGGCCCAGACUGGGCUCUUCACGUGCAGAAUCUCCUGACUGCUCGGCUGCGGGGAGGGAGGGAGCGCGGAGCCUCUCCACGUGACUGAGUGCGGACACUCCCGCCUCCUAGUCCUUUUAAAACUUGGGCUCUGCUCCGGCCUCUUCCGCCGCAGUUGCCUCUGCCCCGGUGCUGGGAGCUUGGAAGCAAGAAGACCCCCGGAGCCUGGAAGCAGCGGACAGUGUAUAGAGCCGCAGCAGGGAGGAAGCCCGGCUCUGUGGCAAGUCAUCCCCCUUCUCUGGGCCUCGGUUUCCCCAUCUGUUAAAUGCGGAUCGGAAAGACUCCUCGUUUACAGAGGGGUGCAGCUGAGAACAGGUGAACACAGGAAUCCUGGCUAUGGCCACACCAGUGCCUUUGGUCUGCAGCCAGACUGUGAGCAGGGUGAGCUCUGUGCUUAACCGGGAUGUGAAGCAGUUUGGAAAGAAGCAUCUGUUUGAUGAGCAGGACGAGACCUGUUGGAAUUCUGACCAGGGCUCCUCCCAGUGGGUGAUGCUGGAAUUCCCACAGCCUGUCCGAGUGUCUCAGGUGCAGAUUCAAUUCCAGGGUGGAUUUGCAAGUCGCCAGGGCCGCUUGGAAGGUGGCAGGAGGAGUGAGUCUCUGGAGAAGAUUGGGGAUUUCUACCCUCAGGACAACAACUCCCUGCAGAGCUUUGCUGUGGCAGAUGUCACACUUGACAAGCUCAAGGUAACUUUUGAAAACAGCACUGACUUUUUUGGCCGGAUCAUCAUCUACCACCUGCGGAUUCUUGGGCAGAAGCUGUGAGCAGCUUCAGUUCUUCGGCCCAGCCUGCUUCCUAGACCAGGCGGGAUGCCCUAGGAGGGGCCACUGGAAGGACAGAGUAGAAGGUGCCCCUGGCUCUGGGCUAGGUGGCCAGGAAGUAGAAAGAGAUCUGGUCUGGGUGAACCAGCUCCCAGCCUAUCUUCUCCCUCCAAGGACCUGGGAAAAGAAUCCCAGAAGGAAAGAGCCUCAGAAGUUUGGUUUAAAUCCUUACAGGCAGCCAGGCUUGAUUAGAAAACAACAUUGUCAAGACAACUUCGAAAGACUUAAGAAAUCUGAGGGUGGAGUAUGCUGCUGGCCUCUUGAUGAAGAGGUGAGAGAUUCAGGAUGCAAAAGCUUUUUUUGGCCGAGACACUGUGGGAUUUUGUUUUGCCUGACUGUGCACAUUUGUUACAGGCAUCCCCCCCAUCCCCAAAGGAGUUUGGGAGAAAAUAAAUGCUUGUCAAUUUAAAAAGGAAAAAAAAACACACUCCUAACUAAUGAUCACUUGGCCUGUUUAAACAGCCUCACCAGUUUCAUUGUUAGACAGCCCUGACUCUUAGAAAGUUCUUCCAUAUGUGGAGGAAAUCCACCUCCCUUGAUUCCAUUUCCCAGAACAAAAGAGAGUAAGACUUUCCAGGACGGUGUCUUAGAUUUGAGUAGAGUAGCUGUUUCUCCUGUUUUCCAUGCUAAAAUCACCCUAUUUCUUUAGUCUUCCCUAGGAUGUGGUUUUGAAUUUUCUCCCUCCUGCAGGUGCUGUAAGAGAUGGGGAGGAACAGUCUAUGUUGGCCCUGGCUGUUGGGGUAGCAGCUCGUUUUUAUUGGUUAUUGUUCCCAUUUCAUGGGCUGGAGGAGGCAUGGUUGGUGUGCGGGUAGCAGAGGAGCCAGUAUGGCUGGGUGGAGGGGGCUGGGGAGCUACGUCUCCAGCCAGGGCAAGUCAUCAGCCAGUAGCAUAGUCCCUCCCAUGGUCCUGGGAAGGAGAGGAGCCUUGUUUCAGUUCGGCUUCUGCCCCCUGUGUCACACUGGACAUGAUCGCUGGGCACUGAGUUCUUGGGUGGCCCCCCCCAAAGCUCUGUAGGUGGCCUUCAGCCACAGGAAGAGGGACACCUCCUCUUGGACCUGUUCUCCCUGGUCAUGGGUAUUGAAGAACUGGCUUCUUAGUAAGCUGGCCUCCCUGAGCAGCAGGUGGGAGGCAGAGGACCAAAGCCCAGUGUCCUACGCCCCCUUCACUCUGUCUC